AUGGAGAAAACAAAGACAGUUGAAGAUGUUGAAAAUGUUGAUGUUUAUACAGCAAAAGGUUUGCUUACUGUUGGCCAUCGAUACCUCGAUGUUAGGACAAACGAAGAAUUCGCAAAGAGUCACUCUGAUGAUUCCUUGAUCAUCCCUUAUAUGUUCAAAACAGAUGAGGGUAGGAUUGUAAAUCCUGAUUUCCUUUCUCAAGUGGCAUCGGUUUGCAAGAAAGAUGACCAUUUGAUCGUGGCUUGUAAUUCUGGAGGAAGAGCAACUCGUGCUUGUGUUGAUCUUCUCAAUGCGGGGUAUGAGCAUGUGGCUAAAAUGGAGGGAGGCUACUCGGCUUGGGUUGACGCUGGAUUCGCCGGCGACAAACCUCCUCGAGAGCUCAAGACUGCUUGCAAGUUCCGCCCAAAGGACAACUAA